ACAUUCUCUCUCUCUCUCUCUCUCUCUCUCACUCCUCACUCUCUCUCACAUAAACACAAACACACUGUGCACUCUCCUCUCUCUUUUCUCUGCUUUCUGUCUCUCUCUGCUGCAAGCCAACGACAAACUCCGCGCUGGCAAAGAUUCCCUUCUCCUUCCUCUCCUUUGUCCUUCGUUCCCGUUUACUUUUCUUUUAUCUUCCUCCCCACAAACCCUAAGUUCGAAAUUUUCCCGAGAAACAAACAGACAGUAACACCCAACAGCUACCAGAAUCCUAAUCCCAAUCCGCCCGCCAUGUUUCAGCUGAUCUCGCCUUAACCCACUAUCUAUUUUUCACCGUAGACUGAUAAAGUUGCCUUCUCUUCCCGCUUGAUGGGUUGCACGAGCUCCAAGCCCGACGAACUUCCGGCCGUUGCCUUAUGCCGGGAGCGCUGCGGCUUCCUCGACGAGGCGAUUCACCAGCGCUACGCCCUCGCCGAGGCCCACAUCGCUUAUAUUAGCUCCCUCAGAGAAAUCGGCCGUUCUCUGCAUCAAUUUAUCGAGCAGGAGGUGGGCAAUUCAUCCGGGUCGCCGUCCUCACCCCACCUCAACCUCCCGCCGGCCAGAAAAGGCGAGACCAAAUCCUCGCCGCCGCGCCACUCUCACUCAAAUUCAAAUUCCGGGUCCCAUCUCCACUUUCACUCUUCCGACGACGAUUCCGGCUCGCUCCACCUCUCCGGCCACUCGUCGCCACUGCACGAUACUCACUACGGCGGUCAUAUUGAUUACAUGGAGGACGGCGGGCAGGAGGGUUUCAAUUCGUACCCAGAUGGGUUUAUGCGCAUGAAUUACAUGAAGAACAAAGCGACGCCAUCUGUGGUGCAUCGGCAGAAACCCGUGAGCCCCGAAAACGUGUUUCAAUUGGGGGAAUCUUCUUCUUCGAAUUCGUAUUAUGGAUAUCAAAAUUCAAAUAGUUAUCCAGACGCUGUCUCUAAUCCUUAUGCCGAUUACGGCGGUGGGUUUAACAAUUACGGUGGUGCGUAUAAUUACGGCGGAGGGAGUAGUGGGUAUAACAAUUACGGUAAUUCUUCUCCGCCGGUCCGAUAUGGAGCACCGUCGCCACAGGCUUCGGCUUCGACCUCGUCUAAGCCACCUCCUCCGCCGCCUUCGCCGCCAAGAGCUUCAGCUUGGGAUUUUUUAAACCUAUUCGAUGUUCAGGAAAAGUACUCUGCCUACACUCCGAGUCGGGACUUGAAGGAGGUGAGAGACGAAGAGGGAAUUCCCGAAUUGGAAGACGUGGAGUACCAGCCGGAGGUGGUGAAGGAGGUGCAGAGGGACCACAAGCAUGUGGUGGAUGGCGGGAAGCAUUCUAAGGCUGUUGUGGACGAUGAGGCAGCUGAAACGCAGCCCUCCUCGGUUUAUCAAGCUCGGCCGAGCGUUGAGACUGAUGGUGGUGGGGUGGAGUAUGAAGUCCAUGUGAUGGAGAAGAAGAUUGUGGAUGAGGAGGAGACGCGCGAGGACCGUGGCAAUGGCGGAGCUGCAGCUAAAGCUCGACCGGGGUCUCGAGAUGCUUUCGAAGUUGCUCGAGAGAUUGAGAUUCAGUUUCAGAGAGCUUCGGAGUCGGGGAAAGAAAUUUCCAAGAUGCUCGAGGUGGGAAAGCUUCCCCAUGGUGAAAAACAUGUUUCUUCGCAACCUUCUACUAGUGCCGAGCCAUCGACCUCUGCUCAAGUGGCUGCUCCUGCUCAAUUGGGGUUCGAUGAAGAAUUGAUGUUGAGGUCCAAAAAUCUCUCUUCCACCUUACACAAGCUAUAUCUUUGGGAGAAGAAACUCUACAAUGAAGUAAAGGCCGAGGAAAAGAUGCGGGUGAUCCAUGACAGGAAGGUCAGUAAGCUAAAGCAUUUAGAUGAAAGGGGCGCAGAAGCUCAUAAAGUUGAUAAAACUCGAACUUUAAUAAGGAGUCUGUCCACAAAAAUUAAAAUUGCAAUUCAAGUGGUAGACAAGAUAUCUGUGACUAUAAGUAAGAUCAGGGAUGAAGAAUUAUGGCCACAACUGAACGAAUUAAUUCAGGGGUUAACCAGGAUGUGGAAAUGUAUGCUCGAAUGUCAUAGUAGCCAGUGCCUAGCAGUUAGAGAAGCCAGAGGUUUAGGUCCUAUUGGAUCUGGAAAAAAGCUUACUGAUGGUCAUCUUGAUGCCACAUUGCAGCUUGAACAUCAGCUUAUUAACUGGACUUUCAGAUUCUCUACUUGGAUUAGUGCGCAGAAGGGAUAUGUGCGAGCUUUGAACAAGUGGCUUUUAAAAUGUCUUCUGUAUGAACCGGAAGAAACACCAGAUGGAAUAGUUCCCUUUUCACCCGGUAGAAUAGGUGCACCCCCAAUUUUUGUAAUAUGUAACCAGUGGUCACAGGCUUUGGAAAAUAUAUCUGAAAGAGAGGUGGUUGAGUCGAUGCGUAUUUUCACCACAAGUGUGCUUCAGAUUUGGGAACAAGAUAAGAUUGAAAUGCGCCAGAGGAUGGUGGCAAACAAGGAUCAAGAGAAACAAGUUAAGAAAUUGGAUAGAAAGGACCAAAAAAUACAGAAAGAAAUUCAGGCAUUAGACAAGAAAAUUGUGCUAGCAUCAGGGGAUGGUGACGGACUCUCGGUUGCUGGGCAGAUUGUAUAUCAGAGUGACACUAGAAAUAGUACUUUACAGGGUUGUCUGCAACGCAUUUUUGAGGCCAUGGAAAGGUUCACCGAUAGCUCUACAAAAGUUUAUGAGGAGCUUUUGCAACGUAAUGAAGAAGAAAGGCUUGCUAGAGCAGCCGAGAGGGUUUCAUAGGGCUCUUCGGUUAGAUGGAGUUAUGACCAUCCCUUUUCAGCCAUCUAAGUGAAGAAUUUGAAAGCUCAAGAUCUUUGAGAAAAUUGUAUUCCUUGGUGAAACCUUCUUCACCACUCUUCGCCAUUUGAUGGACUGCUCUGGCUAGUGAAUGUUGCUGGCAUAAGACUUGGUUAUGAUCAGGAUCAUCUGUAAUAGCUCAGCAAGAAGCCAUUGCUUGCGGCUUUACAUCGACGGUGCAAGAUGUUUAUCUAGGUCGACUCUACAGUUUUAAUUUAAUGAGACGACCAACACCGUUGAUUCACUAUUUACACAAGCAAAGACGAAGGGCAAGCACAAGAUAAGUUAUUACGGAUUAUAUAUCCGCUUUGUCCACUGACCGAUAGCAGAAAUGAUUCCAAAGCCGGUUCAGGCCAAAGUGUGCUGAAGCGAUGGUUGCUUGUGCAAUCAAUCGCAGUACGAGAGACUCCCUCUGCUCUAUGAAUCAGCCAAGUCUACUUUCUGUGGAGGUCCUUGACAUAAAAGUUGCAAUUUGCAGCGUACGAGCGACAUGGAAACAAAAACAAGGGUCGGAGCUGCAUUCGCCAAUGAAAAGGGCAAAAGUUUGCACGACUGGGGCCAAAAUAAUUCAAGUAAGCGGAUGUCCUUUUCGGUUUUGUGAUGGCGAUGAGUUUCAGUGCAGUAGUGGUCUGUGUAUGGGCUGCUUUGAGUGACGCAAGUCCCGUAUGUGCCCAUAACAUAAUAUUAGAUGAAUUUGUAUAAAUAAAUUUAAUAUUCUUUCCUC